UUCAUGAUGGAGGCGAAUUUGAGCAGCGUUCUCUUCCUAGCGUGUUGCUUCGUACGAGCCUUCGGUGACGAUCCUUUCGUUACAACGAGCCAGGGUCGGAUUUUGGGCACAACGAUGCAAUUCCGUCCAGAGGGACAUCCGGAGUUUCACGGGGCCGUAGACGCCUACCUCGGUAUACCGUACGCCGAGCCGCCCGUCGGUACGCUACGACUCAGACCGCCGGUAGCAAAGUCGUGGAGUGGCGAGCUACAAGCCACGAAGCUGGGAAACCCAUGUCCGCAGUCAGAAGUUAACAUAGGAAAAGUGUCAUUAAAUGGCAGCUUGGCUGAAGAUUGUCUCGUGCUAGAUGUAUUCGUUCCGCAGCAAGUGCCUUCUGAUGCAGGUGUUCUUGUAUUCAUCCAUGGUGGUGGUUACGUAUUUGGUCAAGGGACCUUCAUGGAUUUACUCCCAACACCAACAGCGGUCAUCGGUGACGUCAUUGUUGUCACUAUGAACUACCGACUUGGAGCUCUGGGAUUUCUUUCGACGGAUGAUGACGUCAUUCCUGGUAACUUUGGUUUGUUAGAUCAACAGCUCGCUCUAAAAUGGGUCAGAGACAAUAUCCAAGCUUUCGGAGGUGACCCUGAGCGAGUUGCAAUCUUUGGCGAGAGUGCCGGAUCUGCUAGCGUGAAUCUCCAAAUGUUGUCCCCAGGAAGUGCAGGGUUGUUCCGCGGUGCCAUCAUGCAGAGCGGUGAUGUGUUUUCCCCAUGGGCAAUUAUUGAAGCUGCAAAGGCCCGGAAGGUCGCCUUCGCUCUCGGCAAACUACUCGGCUGCGAGCGAGACACAUCUGAAGAGUUACUGGAGUGUCUACAGAAGGUUGAGGAUAUUGACUACAUCAUUAAAAGCCAACAAGAAGGGCUAGCUGAGGAGUUCGGAACUCAAAGUAUUUUGCUGACGCCGGUUGUUGACGGUAACUUUCUCCCGGGCAAACCGGCUGAACUUUACGCAAAGGGCGCCAUCGGCGAUGCAGUGUCAAUCAUGGGUUCAAAUGCCGAUGAAGGAAUGGGGUUCUUUAUGAUGAUUUUUCCCAACAAUACUGAUGAUGAGGCACCGUUUAUCAACAGCACCACAUACGAUGCUCUCUAUCCGGUGUUUGGAUCGAUGAUUAGCAUGGAGCCCAUAGUGACAGAUGCAGUCAAGUUGAUAUACACAGAUCCAACUUGCACGGAUGGACCUAGUUGCAACUACGUGGAGGCACUUUCGCAGAUGGGCGGUGAUUCUUUGUUCGUCUGCCCCGCCGACAAAACGGCAAGGGCUUACACACAAGCCGGGCGUAAGGUGUACCGCUAUUUCAUGACCCACGACUCAACUACGAAAAUGAUUGGCCCACCAUGGUCAAAAGCUAAUCACGGGGAAGACUUACCGUUUGUCUUCGGUCUUCCACUGGUACCUUCAGACGACUUCAAAACCACUGAAGACGAAGUUCGCAUGUCGAUCCAAACAAUCAGAUACUGGUCCAAUUUGGCAAAGACUGGCAAUCCGAACCUGUCUUCUCUGGAUGCUGAACUCACAGUCGAAGAGAUAAAGACAGAGUGGCCGUUGUUCACCGUGGAGGGACUUGAGUACAAAGAUCUGACACCAGACAUGUUGAAUGGGCGUGGCAUCAAGGCCCGGGAGUGUCGCUUUUGGAACGAGUUCGUUCCUCAACUUAUCAAAACAGCUGAGGAUGCAAAGAAGUGCAAAGAGAGCAGCUCAAGAUGGACCCAAGACGGCAGCUCCGACAGCGAGACGUGCACAAAAGACAAGUGUUCUGAGGUCCCAGAAGAAUAGUUCACAACACAAGCCAAUACGGAGUACUAACUUGUUGACGUUAGACUCAUUGACUUUAGAUACAAAACAAAUCGGGUGGCAUUUCCAAAGCUCCGUAUCGAUCGUUUUUGAAACGGCCAGUCCUUUUCAACCCAAAGCAUACAAUAUUUUUGUUCAACCUUGAGGUAACACGAUUAUUUCGAGGGGACGAAGUAGUAUUUCAAUAUUUUUUUUAUCAAUAUUUUUUAGUAUUCGCUCUAUAGAGCCUCGACUUCAGUAUGCAUUGUGCUUAGUGAAAAUGUUUGGUUGAAGGUGUCGAGGCUCUACGUGCAAAGGCUGACCGUACAAAGGGGAAAAUGUGAAGACGAUAAAACACCAUUAAUGUCCUGAAUCGAGACUAAUAAUUGCAAGGUCAAGAGUAAGAUACGCUGACCAUGGAGGAAUGAAAUAGUUUUGGUAGGCAUUGCUUCUACUGAAACCUAUUAGCUUUACAGUUUUACACAUAAUUUCGUUUAUGGAAGGUACCCAUACAACAAUAUUCUUAAAGUCAGACUGAACAAGUUGUGUUGAUUGGCCCAACCAGUGGUCUGCAUUUGUUUUGUUGAUAUUAUGCGCCGAUAAUAAUCACAAAACGAACAUGCUUGAAGAAGGGUUGAGCCAGUCAGGUUUGCGCCUUUUAUCGGCUACUAAUACAAUAACCAGCGGCCCCCCGCAUAACUUAUUAUUAUCUCGGCAAAUAAUUCACUUUGCUCGUCCCCAGCACCUUGCUUUAACCAAAUGCUCAUUGGUUUGAUAUCUGUGCAAGCUGAUUAGUCCAUCCAGGUCCUGGAUAGACUGGCCGCUGUGGGCCGAGCGAAAUAAUUCAUUUUCUCCGUGCUCAACACAAAGAUCACAAGAGGGCGCCAUACAAGUGGGGACCAAGAACAUUAGACAUACGGUGGUUUGCAUGGACAAGCCCGUCGAGCUAUAAACAGUCCUCAAAAAAUGAGCAAUGUGUGCUUGGUGUACAGUCGUUAUAAAUAGACGGCAUAGCUCAUUAUUGCUCAUGAUGAACACAAAAGGUCGUUAUGGGAAAAUAGUAAUUGCUUUGUUUUCUAUUUAAUACGUUAACGCCGUCGCUUUGUAUGUAGUCGUCCCAUAGUGUAUUAUGUUUCAUUUCAUCUUUACAUUGAGACAGCACGCUGCUAG